ACCAAUCCUCUUCUUGUUGAUAAAAAGAAGCAUGACUUUUCGAUAUACAAAUUUCCGAUAUGCAAACGUGUUAUCUCUUCUCGUCGCGGUUUUAGCGAGCACACAUUUUCUAUCUACAAAUCUACAAUAUGUCAAACACCUCUUCGAGGAGUUCAAGGCUAUCUCAUUAUCCCCACAACCGGUUGUUAUAAGGUUAGAUGGUCACCACCACCAUCAUCAUGGGAAAAAGGCUAGUAAAGUUGACAUGUGUGAUACUUUCCCUAGUGAUUCUAUACCUCCCGAUACAAAUACCACGACGACGUUUUGUGUUGAUCAUAACGGGUGUUGUAACUUUACAACUGUUCAAGCAGCGGUUGAUGCAGUAAUUACACUCAACCCUAAGAGAACUCUAAUAUGGAUCAAUAGUGGCAUUUACUUUGAAAAGGUAAUAAUCCCAAAGACAAAACCCAAUAUAACGUUUCAAGGGCAAGGAUAUACAUCAACCGCGAUAGUAUGGAACGACACGGCUAAUAGCGCACAUGGCACGUUCUAUAGCGGGUCCGUGCAAGUGUUUUCUACAAACUUUGCAGCUAAGAACAUUAGCUUCAUGAAUGUGGCUCCGAUAGCUAAGCCAGGUGAAGUGGGAGCACAAGCUGUAGCGAUUAGAGUAGCAGGAGAUCAAGCUUCAUUUUGGGGGUGUGGCUUUUUUGGAGCUCAGGAUACACUUCAUGAUGAUAGAGGUCGACAUUACUUCAAGGAUUGUUAUAUUCAAGGUUCAAUCGACUUCAUUUUCGGCAAUGCAAAAUCAUUAUACGAGGAUUGUCAGUUGAUCUCGAUGGCACCACCGUUACCAAUGGGCCAAAAGAGCAUAAACGGAGUAGUGACAGCACAUGGAAGAGCAUCCGCUGACGAAGAUAGCGGUUUUGCAUUCGUGAGAUGCGCCAUUGGGGGUACUGGAAGGAUAUGGUUAGGUAGAGCAUGGAGGCCCUUCUCCAAGGUUGUCUUCGCUUAUACAUUUAUGUCCGACAUAGUUGCCCCUGAAGGCUGGAAUGACUUCAACGACCCCUCUAGAGACCAGAGUAUAUUCUAUGGAGAGUACAUGUGCAUGGGUGGAGGAGCUAACACAUCUACAAGAGUUCCAUAUGCCCAAAAACUCAAUGACACUCAAGCCUCUAUGUUUCUUAAUGCUUCUUUUAUAAACGCUGAGCAAUGGCUGCAACCCCAACUCUGAACAAAUACAAUUAUUACCUCGAGAACUCGCAAAAUCAAUCAAAAUUAUUCAUUCAUUUGUGUAUUUAUCUAAGAUUUUAACAAAACUAUUGAAAUACAACAUCGUUACGUGAAUAUCUUUAAAGAAUAUGUGUAUUUAUGUAAUUAAUAUAUUAUUAUAA